AUUUGUUACGGUUGCUAGGCAACACAAUAUAUCCGUUGCUGUUACAAUAAAUUUAAGGACGAUAUUAAUCGUCUAAAAAAAUCAUCAGUUUUCUUAACAGUUUUGUGAAUCAUAAAAAUGAAGAAGUCAUUGAAGGACCUGGCCCCGAUCGUUAUCCCACAGGGACCGCCGGUGGAAUCCACCCCGGAGUACUACAAGUCUCUCAUGGAGAGCUCCAGAAUGAUCAGCAAAUACCCAGUAUGGGACGUGGCCCGGCCAACCCCACAGGUGCUGAUGGAACAGGCGCGUCGAGACCUGAUGGAAGCGGAUGAGAAGCUGGCUCUCAAGCGAGAAGAGGAACGCCGCAACCGCACUGAAAUGGAUGCCAAGUGGCAGGAGCUGAGGGAGAAGGAGAUGGUGCUCAAGGACUCCUUCAUCAGCUUUAAUAAGUUCAUCCGCGAAAAUCAAGAGAAGCGUGAGCGAGCUGAACGCAAGAUGGAGGCUGACCUCGAGGUGCUGGAGCGGAAGAGCAGGGAGACGGAGGAGAUGAAGCGAAAAGUGGAAGAGAUGGAGGAGGUGCGCGCGCUCAUGGAGAAGCAGGUCCAAGACUACACAAUAUACGAGGAGUAUCUGACAUCAGUUGUGCAAAGUUAUCCGGAGUUCAAGCAACCUUUGGACGUCCUUAACAGAUACGAAGCUCUGGCUGCAGCAAAGAAUACACUCGCUGACCGCCAGGAACGAGACCUAGAGAUGCUGGAGUCUGCUCGCCAGGAGAUCGCAGCACUCACCGAAGAGAAGAAGCUGUUCAUCAUGGGCCUGAACAACACGCUCGCAGAUUUGAGGUGGCGUUAUGACAAGGUCCGCAACCGCGUCAUAAAGUGGGAGUUAGCCCUCAACCGGCUGAAGGAGACGGCAGCGAGGCGCCACGUGGAGUUAUGCCACGUGCGCUCCGCAAUCUGGGGCCUGUAUGUGAAGAUCAGCAAGCAGAAGGGGCUGGCCAUCGACGUGCAGCCUGAUGACUUCGAACAGCAGCUGGUGGUCAUCAUGAGGGCCCUGAUCGAACUCAGGAGGAUCUACAGGCUGGCGCAGCGGAGGUCCAAAGAAAAAGAUGCAGAGUCCAUGCAGACAGCGUGAGUUUAACAUGAUCAUUUCAGUGAGGGUCUUCCUGCAUCAAUGAUUCCGCAGACUCUAAUAUUAAAUAUAUCUUUGUCUAUGUCUUUUACUAUAUAAUUUAGUAAUAAAUUGUAACGUAUUUAAUUUGUAUCAA